GAAAUGUGCCAAAUGUGCUUAACAAUUAAUCGAAAUGGCAACCGAUGACCAGGAGCGGUGCCGAUCCUGUUUCCUGAAAUGGAUGAACCUCCAACAUCAAGAACUCUCAGAACUCGACCAAGCCCUAACCCUACACGCCUCCAUGACCGACAGCAAUGAACACAACCUUAGCCAACUGGCACAAAAGUGCAUCAAACACUUUCAAGACUACGCUGACAUGCGAAGCCAACUAGCCCACAACGACGUUUCUGCUUUCUUAGUCCCUUCCUGGUGCACCAACUGGGAAAAUUGCAUGCUUUGGCUCGGUGGUUGUAGACCUUCCCAAUAUAUCCGUCUCGUUUAUGCCCUAAGUGGGUUGGAGAUCGAGGCCCAGCUGGACGAGUUUCUUCAGGGCACGAGCACUACCGGGACUCUGGGCGACCUCUCUUCCAAACAGUUUGACCUCUUCAACAUCUUACAAGGGAAGACGAUAAGAUCUGAGGAAAAGUUGACGGCCAGGAUGGCGAGCUUGCAGGAGGACGUGGCGGACCAGCCCAUUGCAGUGAUUGCGAAGAGAUUGAGCCGGGUCGGCGAGAUGAACUGGGAAGUAAAUAGAGCUCUGGACAAACAAGAGGAAGAAAUGGCGGGAAUUUUGGAGGAGGCGGAUAGGCUGAGGUUGAGCACGCUUAAGGAGUUGGUCGGAAUAUUGACGCCGAAGCAGGCGGUGGAUUUCCUGGCGGCGGGUAAGAAGCUUCACCUAUGUGUGCACGAGUGGGGCAAAAGGAAUGAUGAUCUGAGGCAUGGCAGAGAGGAAAUUAUCUCUUGAAAAUGAGUACUUACGUACUAUGCGUACAUAGAUCAUCAAUGAGAAAUAAUUUGGUUCUCUCUCUCUCUAGAUCUCUCUCACCAAAACCAGAGAUAACUGGCCAUUUAGGUUUUGGGUUUUGGUUAAAUGCUUGGAGUGCGUGCAAGUAGUGUAGUAGAUUGCUUAAAUUAAGAAAGUAUUGUACCCUGUUAAUAGAUUAUAUAAAUAAAGGUGGUUGUAAUAUACUAAUA